UUCUGGGUAAUCUCACAUGUGCUUCCUUUUUAACUUGCUUUGCGAACACACGAGUGACUACCUUAGUUAACAAGAUGCAGAACGAGCAAGGAGAAUUCGUGGACAUGUACAUCCCAAGAAAAUGUUCUGCCAGCAACAGAAUUAUUUCUGCCAAGGAUCAUGCCUCAAUCCAAAUUAACUUUGCUGAUGUUGACACCACCACAGGAAGAAUGACCGGAAGUUAUACAACCUUUGCCAUCUGUGGAGGAAUCAGGAGAAUGGGAGAAUCUGACGAUUCAUUGAACAGAUUGGGCAAACGUGAUGGUCUUAUAGCCAAGAAUUUCUAAACUAGUAAGAGAGGAAGAAAAUCAAUGAAACAUUAAAAAGACAUUGAUUAUCA